UGCGGCCAAAGGGAAAUGAGCGUUGUUCAUUCUCAGAGGAAGUAAACCAUUUUUGCUAUGGCGAGUCUCGGGUAUAAACGUAACCCUAGUCUAGGGGAAGUAAAAAUCCCCCAGCAAAGGGAAUCACAGUCUCCAGAACUCAGGAUACCCUGUCCAGUGAACCUCGUCAAUCAAGAUCAUCAUUCUAACAUUGGAUAUCCUCACUGCGAAGAAGAUCAUAUCAACCAUAACGCUGACAGGUAUCACGUGACGUAUCCGACGUCGACGUUACCUAAUCAGAGUAUGCUGCGUCGUCCUCUCUCUACAAGUCAAUUCGCACAUUCCCAUUUUCAGCUGAGAAAGUCCAGUACGAGACAGUGCAGCUGGAAAUGUACAGCCUUGACCUUCAUAUUCGUUACAGUUGCACUCACAGCCGCUCUUGCCUUUUUCCUAAUUUUAUUCUCACCGAAUUGGCAACAAGACGCCAAUCAUGCCUGUCCUUUAGUAGAAGAUGUUGAUCUUAUAGUAGAAUCAUCAAAAAAAGCCACAGAGUCUUCUUCAUCAUCAUCGUCCAAAUCGAGUAGCAACAGCGCAACUUCACUCUCCCCCUCCACCCUAUCCUUUUCAGAAAUAGUUAUAGGCAGACAGUCAGAAUUUCAGAUCGCUCCUUACAGUCACUGGAUCGUCCAGAUGAGGCAAAAAAGUCCGUCUUUAGUGCGUUUCAAUUAUACUUUGCCUAUGGGUGCCCGACUCGGAAUAUUUGGAAGACGAAAUCAACUACCAACACACACGCGGUAUAACUUUUUGGAAAUAUUAACAACAGACAGUGCGAAAGUACUACGGAUUGAAAGAAAAUUGUACAGUGUAGAAUUCAUUCAAUAUCUAGAAAGAGGACUCUGGUACAUUUCCGCUUAUAAUGAUGGAGACCUUAUGAUGGAUAUUGCAUUUAUAACGCAAAGCACUGAUGAAUCCAGUUUAACUUGUCCAUAUGAUUGUCAUGGUCAUGGCAGAUGUGUUAUGGGAAACUGCGUUUGUAGUCCUGAUUUUGCAGGAGAUUCAUGUGCAUACCGCAUCUGUCCUGUCCUGUGCAGCAACCGAGGUGAAUAUAUAGGUGGUGAGUGCGUCUGUAGCCCUGGUUGGAAAGGUAAGGAGUGCCAACUUCGAGAAUAUGAAUGCGAGAAACUGGACUGUAAUGGACAUGGCGAGUGCAUAGAAGGGGCAUGCAGAUGUUUUCCAGGAUAUAAAGGAUAUCACUGUGAAGCAGUGGAUUGUCUAGAUCCGGAAUGCUCUGAUCAUGGAAUAUGUGUGUCCGGAUUGUGUGUUUGUCGAAAAGGAUGGAAAGGAAAUGAUUGCAGCGAUCCUGACACAGACGCCCUUCGAUGCUUACCAGAUUGCUCAGGACACGGACAAUUCGAUUUGGAACAACAGAAAUGCGCCUGUGAUGAGCAAUGGAUUGGAAGUGAUUGUUCGCAAGAGAAAUGCGAUUUGGAUUGUGGUUUCCAAGGGCAUUGCGAAAAUGGUCAGUGCAUAUGCUUAGAUGGUUGGUCAGGAGCAAAAUGUGAUGAGAAACUCUGUGAUCCACGUUGCAAGGACAACGGUCAGUGCCGGAAUGGAACGUGCCUCUGUAUACAAGGCUGGAAUGGAAAGCAUUGUACUUUGGAGGGAUGUCCUAAAAAUUGCAACAACCACGGUGAAUGCAUUAUAGGAGAAGAUGAAGAAUGGAUGUGCUUCUGUGAUCAACAUUGGGAUGGUCCCGACUGUUCUAUAGCACUCGAAAAGAAAUGUGAUGACAAUGUCGACAACGACAAUGAUGGUCUGGUAGAUUGUGCAGACAGUGAGUGCUGUCUGGUAGAGAAAUGUAAAAAUCACAGUCUUUGCAAUAAAGCUGCUGACCCACUGGACAUCUUACUAAGGAAGCAACCACCCGCCAUCACAGCUUCGUUUUUCGAAAGAAUGCAAUUUUUGAUUGAAGAAGAAUCAUUGAGAAGUGGUGCAUCCAGGAAGAUUGCUAUCAAUGGCAGCAUGUUUUGGAAUCUCUACAAAAAAAGUCGAACCAGUGUCAUAAGGGGACAGGUAGUAAGCCAAUCAGGAAGUGGAGUCGUCGGAGUUCGAGUGGGCAUCGAUCCUUCUUCUAAGACGGGAUCAACUCUAACUCAAGAAACUGGAUGGUUUGAUUUAUUGGUUAAUGGAGGAGGAGCUGUCAAGCUCCAUUUUCAGAGAGAGCCAUUUAUGCCGCAGUCCAUCACCGUCAGAGUUCCGUGGAACGAGAUAGUAGUUAUGGAAAAAAUAACUUUGUAUCUCGACGAGCGUAAAAAAUCCCGAGAAGAUGAUUCAAGGACUGUCACUUGUCCAGAUCACGAUUACGAUACAAUGAAGCCAGUUGUUUUGGCAACAUGGAAACAUGGCUUUCAAGGAGGCUGUCCCGAAAGAAGUUCUGUUCUAGCUGAAUCACAGGUCAUUCAAGAAAGUUUGCCAAUACCUGGAACAGAUUUACACCUUGUUUACCAUAGUAGUAGGGCUGGUGGAUACCUAUCUACAAUACAGCUACAGCUCACACCUGAUGUUAUCCCUAAAGACCUCAUUCUAAUCCAUCUAAGGAUCUCUAUUGAAGGCAUUCUUUUUGAAAAGCAAUUUGAAGCUGAUCCCGCCAUAAAAUAUACUUAUGCUUGGAACAGAAGAAAUGUGUACAGACAAAAAGUGUAUGGGGUUGCAACAGCAACAGUGUAUGUUGGAUAUGAGUAUGGUUCGUGUCCGAAAAUCAUUUGGGAAGUUCAAACAACGCAAGUGAGUGGACAUGAUAUGAGCGUAUCUGAUAUCGGAGGAUGGAAUUUGGACAUACACCACAAGUACAACUUUCAUGAAGGCAUUCUACAAAAAGGAGAUGGAAAUAAUAUUUACUUAAAAAACAAACCGAAACUCUUACUGACAAAAAUGGGAGACGGUCAGCAAAGACCUCUCCAAUGUCAAAGAUGUAACGGUUUGGCAAGAGCUCAAAGAUUGCUGGCACCAGUAGCUCUAGCAAGUGGACCAGAUGGAACAAUUUAUGUAGGAGAUUUCAAUCUAAUACGUAAAAUAACAACUGAUGGUCAAGUUACGACAGUUGUUGAACUUAGUCCGGCUCAGGUAUCGUACAGUUAUCAUUUGACUGUGGGUCCCGUGGAUGGCCACUUAUAUAUUUCUGAUCCUGAACAACACCAAAUUUUGCGCACCAUUUCUAUGUCAGAGGCAGCAGGCACUAAGAAUAACACAGAAGCAGUGGUUGGCAGUGGAGAAAAAUGUUUACCCAGGGAUAAGGAUCAAUGCGGUGAUGGCAGACUAGCCAAAGAUGCCAGGCUUGCAUACCCAAAAGGAAUUGCCAUAACUAAAGACGGUGAAAUAUAUAUUGCUGAUGGUACCAAUAUCCGCUUUGUUGAUACAAGAGGAAUUAUACAUACUUUAAUAGGAGACUAUUUUCAUAAAAGUUGGAGACCAAUUCCAUGUUAUGUUACUUUAAGUUUAUCGCAGGUCAAUCUCAGAUGGCCUACAGAGCUUUCGAUCAACCCUUUGGAUAGAUCUCUACAUAUACUCGAUGACCAUCUAGUCUUGAAAGUAACUCCCGAUAACCGUUUGAAAGUUGCUGUUGGCAGACCAUUGCAGUGUCCAACCCAAUCAUCAACAAACAGCCGAGAAAAGAGUGAUUUAGCCACAGAUGUCUACUUGGAAUCUCCUCAAAGUAUAGCUUUUGCUCCUAACGGCGACCUAUACAUUGCAGAAAGCGAUUCUCAAACUGUAAAUCGAGUUAGAGUCAUUGGCAGUGAUGGUAGGAUAUCCAGAUUUGCGGGUUCGGAAUCCAAAUGCAGUUGCUUAGACGAAAGCUGCUCUUGCUUUGAUGAAGAGCAUGUUCUAGCUGCAACCACGAAGUUGAGCACCAUCUCUUCAAUUACAGUUUCUCCAAAUGGGUUAUUGCAUAUCUGUGAUCAGGGUAAUUUGAGGAUACGUUCUGUGACUGCGUCAUUACCUCAGUUGAAUGAUUUGAGUGAAUAUAACAUCUACUCACCUGAAUCGCAGGAAAUUUAUGUGUUCAAUCGGCACGGACAGCAUAUAGCUACAAGAAAUACAAUUAGUGGGAAAGAUGUGUACACUUUUUCCUACAAUGUCAACACUAGUUUCGGAAAAUUAAGCACAGUCACAGAUGCGGCUGGAAACAAGAUCUAUAUCCUCAGAGACUACAACAACCAGGUGAACAAUAUUGAGAAUACCCAGGGAGGUAAAUGUCGAUUAGAAGUGUCUCGUAUGAUGAUGCUUCAGAGCUUCACAACACCGUCCAAUUUCAAAACGACAUUCGACUACCACGGAAGUACCGGUCUUCUCCGAAGUAAAGAGGACAGCACCGGAAAAUCAUACAUUUACAACUUCGACGAGUAUGGUCGUUUGACAGAAUCCAUAACUCCCAGUGGUCAAGUUAUACGUCUCACUUAUAAUCUGAGUCUCAAAGGAGCAUCGGUCACUAUCACCAGGAAUGACAAGGAUCCGGUAGCAUUACUUAUUAAAGGGUCCGACGUUACGAUGAAAAUAGGAUCGACCGAAGAAAGAAUAACACAGCAUGCUGAUGGUAGUUUAUCAGUGAUCCAAAGAGAUUCGAGCAAAUUAGAUGUGGAAACUGUACCCAAUCCAGUGCUGUCCAGCACCAAUCCGGUGUCCGGUGAAAUGUUUCCUUUACCUGCCCGAAUGAGAAUGGCAUUUAGUGAUGAUAAUGUACAAUAUCUGGAAUGGCAUUACUUUGUUCACGCUGAUGGUAAAAAUGGUAACCGACAUAUUACACGAGUGGGAAGAAAGUUCAAGCGGAACGGAGAACUCAUCUUCAGCGUAGUCUUUGACCGAGACCAGAAUUCCGAAAUCAUAUAUGACCGACACCAAGUUCCACUGGUCACCGCUUCCUAUGACGUCAUGGCCCGUUCAAUACAAUGGCAAUCACCUCAAAAUAUCACUCCGGUCAAAGUAGUAUUUGACCAAUUCGGACGCUUAACAAAAUGGGAAAGAGGACACCUUAUCAGAAACUAUGACUUUGACAUUUUAGGAAGAUUAGUUGAAGUUCGGCAUUCGGACAACAAUGGCAUUAUGUAUAAAUAUGACAAGAAAAUAGUUGAUAUGCCCAGUGAACUGAUUCUACCAAGUGGAAGUCGUUAUCUCCUGCAGUACCAUACCACAGGCGGCCUCCACACUAUCAUUACACCAAAUGGUCACAAACAUGAAGUCGCCGUGCAGACAUCGUUGGGAUUUUACAAGCUUCUUUACCUCAGUCCUGGGGUUAAGUCACCUUUUGUGAUGCAUUUCAAUGAUUAUGGUCUGCUGUUAGCCAAGAUGUAUCCUGAUCAUUCUGGUAGGGUUGUUUACGCUUAUGAUUCAAGCGGUCGUCUACAAACUGAGUUUUGUGGUAAAGAACGGACCGAUUUCACGUAUUUGGAACACAAGACCUUAAUCAAGUCAUGGACAAAAAAGACACCAAAUUUGGAGAUACGAAGUGAAUUUAGGUACCAAGGAAUACUUGUUAAGGAAGAGAGAAUCCGUUUCUCUGCAGAAAGCAAACUGAAUACUCUGAAAUAUCGGUAUCGUCACGAAGGACAAGUGACAGUGGUUGAAAUUGAAGCAGCUGGUAAAGUUGUAGCAGAUUCCCGCUACAGAUUCACUGGUCAGUCUGGAUCCAUAGAACAGGUUCAACAGUUCCUCGUUCACAGACCGAAAGUCAACAAUGUAUUUAUUCAAGAUGAGCAAAGGCACUUCAGCAAGACAAUCGGACAUGAUGCUUACGGAUUUAUCUCGUUGUUGGCGAUCACUCUCUGGAACAGAGAAGUUUAUUCUCUUUCGAUUCAUUACGACAACAGGGGUCGAGUGCUUAAAACGAUGUCGAAAUCUGAACAAGAUACUGGCACAGAAAUAACUGAAUAUAAGUACACGCAGGAUGGAUAUCUUGCAGAAGUUUCUGGAAGACGUAGGUUUAGGUACCUUUAUGAUGUGAAUGGCAACAUGAAUUCCUUUUGGAAUGGUGACCGUCAAGUAACUUUAAAAUACGACGAUGGUGACCGAUUAAUUGGCUAUAACAAUGAUAUUCCAUACGUUGUAGAUGCUCGUGGCUUCCUCGUAUCGAGGGCUAAUGAAAAAUUUAUAUUCAACGCUAAAGCUCAGCUUAUCAAUGCCAUAUUACCAGGUAUUUAUGACAUUACCUACGUAUACGAUGCCAUGCAUAGAUUAUCAGCAUGGAGUAACGGGGACCAUAAUGUAACACAGUUUCUGUAUACCAAUCCAAAAGAUCCAAGACAAGUAACACACGUCCAUUAUCCAAAUUCUAAGACAACAAUAUCUUUGUUUUAUGAUACAAAUGGGCAUCUGAUGUACAUGGAGGAGACAUCUGCAAACAAAUUUUUCGUAUCUUGUGAUCAGUUAGGAUCGCCAGUUGUGAUAUUUGAUUCAGAAGGAAAAGUAGUGAAAAAAGUCAUCAGAUCACCAUUUGGCGAAAUUCUUUCUGACUCAAAUCCUGACUUUCCAUUGUAUAUUGACUACUGGAAUGGCAUCAGAGAUCCUUACACUAAACUUCUUUUCUUCGAUGGUCGCGCAUACCAGCCAGAAGUAGCACAAUGGUUGUCCCCCGAAUGGGAAGAGAUAUCUAGAGUGCUUCGAGCUCCACACAAUAUUCAUAUGUACAGAUUCAAAAACAAUGAUCCUCUAAGUUCUGGACCUUCGGAAGAAGAUUUGAUGAUGGGUUUACCAAAGUGGCUGUCGUCAUUCGGCUACAAUAUGGACUACUAUCUCCACAGUCCAUUCUCUGACCGGACUUCAAUGCCCGGCCGAGUAACCCUGAGACAGAGCCUUCCGGUGAUUUCUGGACUUAGCUGCACAGCGGAAGUCGUUACCAAGCACUUUGCUAGACUCAGCGCAUCUCCACUUUCAGAUUCCAAGUACCAAGCUGAUCUGCAAGCUCAGUUCGCCAACUUACCUUCAGUUCUAGGUGAUGGCCUACUCAUGUCCACAUCCGAAGGUCGGGCAUACAUUCACGUUUUGAGUGAUGCCAGUCCCAUUCUUCGAGAUGUCAUGACCGAAGUUCUUAACGAUACUGCCUUCGUGGAUGUUCGCUAUUCUUUGAAUGGACAGGAUUCGUUCUUUCUCGUUCAACCGGAUCAGAAACGAGUUCAGGAAGACUGGGACCAAUUACAAAGACUGGGAACAAUGUUCAAUGUUACUAUGCAUGCUGGUGAUACUCAUGUGGACUUGAGAUUAAGAAGCCCAGCUUUGUUGCUGAAUAUACGAUAUGGUGGAAGCUCCGAAGAUGAAAGGAAACGUUUAGUUCGUCAUGCAAAACGGAAGGCUGCAGAUGACGCCUGGCAAAUGGAGACCAGUCUCAUUCGAAACGGUUUCAAGGGUACCAGAGACUGGACAUCGUCGGAAAGAAAGGAACUCCUGGAAAAAGGAUCAGUGACCGGAUACUACGCUACAAGUGCUCACGAUAUAGACAAUUAUCCAGAACUAGCUGAUGAUCCCACAGCUAUCGUUUUUCGGAAAUUGCAGCCAGGUUCAAAUUUCGAUGUUUGAAAGUGAAUAUAUCAAAAGAAAAAUAUAUGACCAACAAAACCAGUGAAAAAUGAAUGUUCACAAAUUGGUACCCCUUGUUCCGUCCAUUAAAAGCCUCUUGUUUAAGCUUCGCGCAAUCACAAGAACUCGGCAACUUAUUGCGUUCAUAAAAGCAGUGAAUAAAUGGACUACGACAACUUUAAAUCGACAUGGUGCACAUCUUCCCAAUGUUCAAGCCUUUCCCAAUUAUCUUUUCAACGUGAAAGAAAUCGUCUGGAUUUUACAAAUUCAGAUAACUGUUAACCGCAAACAAUACACAGCAGAAAUCAAAUCGCAGAAGAAUAUGGAUCACAUUUUCAUCGUUGACGUAAUCGCUAAACAAUGGUUGUGAUUUAUAGCGUGUUUGCGUCUCGUAUAGAGAUCAGAGGAAUCAUUGAAAGCUCAGAUUAAUUGAAUAUCUGAAUUGAAGACGAAGAGAAUGUUGACGAAAAUGGAUCAAGAGAAUAUUGCUUUUGUGUAACAACAAUCGAUUAUUUUAAAAAUUUAAAAGUAAAAUUAAGAAAUCAAAAUUAAUUCUAGUGUUACUAGUAAUUUUUAUUAUUUUAUUUA